AAAAUCAAAUUGUUUGCUUGUUAGCCACAGUUAGCAACCAACCAAUCUAGCUGUAGUUGUUGUUGUUAUACGCCAUCUAGUGCGCGCCGGUAAACGUCCCAUGCUGCGUUCAUACAGGCUCGGAAAGGCUGAAGCCUACAGAACAAACAUCGGUUAUAAAAACCUAAUACCAAUAAUUCCCGAUAUUACAUUUUUUAUUCAUGAAUAUCAGAUGAUGUCACAAACGUAUCCUCACCUGACGUCACUCACAUUCUAACUUGUCUGCCGUCAUGUUGAGUACCUGAUUCGGCGAGAUCGUAAAGGAACUAUGCCUUUAAUAUGUUGUGCGGCCGGGUGCAACAACAAAAAAGGAGACCCCAAAAUAUCCUUUUACAGACUACCUCAGGACGAAAAAAGACACCAUCAGUGGCUUGCAGCCAUCAAGAGGGCAGACUGGACACCAACUGCAAACACUCGUCUGUGCGUUGCUCAUUUUGUCUCUGGUGUGAAGAGCCAAAACCCUCCGAGCCCUGACUUUGUACCAACAAUAUUUCCGUACCUCAGCUCCCCCAACAAGAGGAAGAGGAUUAAUCAAAUGACACGAUUCAAAGAAACACACAAACUGAAAAGAAAAAGAGUAGUUAGUUUGGACAGAGGAGAGACUGGAAAAGAAGAAGAGGGAGUGGAGCUGGACAAAGAUGACAGGCUAGAGUUUGACAGAGAAGACAGACAUGAGUUAGAUGAAGAAGAUGGACAGGAGAUUAACAGGGGAGAUGAAGAGGUGUUGGGUAGAGAAGAUGGACAUGAGUUGGAUGAAGAAGAUGGACAGGAGAUUGACAGGGGAGACGAAGAGGUGUUGGGUAGAGAAGACGGACAUGAGUUGGAUGGAGAAGAGGGACAGGAGAUUGAGAGUGAGGAGCCUAGAUUGGAGACUAGCAGUGAUGUAGGCCUAGCCCUGGGACGUUCCUGUGGAAAUGCCUCUUGUGAAGCCACAAUGAAACGAUUAAAUGAGGAGUGCACAAGAUUACAGACAGAAAUUUGGAAGCUGAAGGGUCAAGUAAAUUCAUUGUCUUUCAACCAAGAAAAUUUGAAGGACAAAGAUGAUAAAGUACAUAAAUUAACUGGCCUGCCUUCAUAUGUUGAACUAAUUGUUGUUUUCUCUUUUAUCUCAUCAUUCCUAAAGUUGAAAUCCUGUUUGUCCCCUUUUCAGCAGUUUCUGUUGACAUUAAUGCGCCUGAGAAUGAACUUGCCACUUUUCUUUUUAGCUCAUGUAUGUGUUUCAUGUAUCUACGUCAACUGCUGGUCGGGUUUUCAACAACACAUUGAAUGUCAUGAAUAUCAGGCUGUGUAAUAUCAUAAAGUGGCCAAGCAGAGAUCAGAUCCUCUGUAGUCUUCCAAUGUGUUAUAGGAACUGCUUCGAAAAUUGUACCAGUAUUAUUGAUUGCUUUGAAACGUUUAUCGAAAGACCAAAGGAAAUGAGAGCAAGAGCACAAACAUAUUCUCAGUAUAAGCAUCAUAACAGUUAAAUACCUCAUCUCCAUAACUCCACAAGGGGUCAUCAACUUUGUUUCGAAAGGUUGAGGCGGGAGGACAAGUGAUAAGCAUGUGACUGAGAACAGUGGAUUUCUUGAGUUAUUGUCCCCUGGAGUUGUUGUUCUUGCAGACAGAGGGUUUAAUGUGGCAGACUCUUUGGGUCCUGUUAAUGCUCGACUCAAGAUACCGGCAUUUACUAAAGAAAAACAGCAGCUUCACCCAGCUGAAGUUGAGUCAUCGCGGAGACUGGCAGCAGUGCGCAUCCAUGUAGACAGAGUUAUAGGCCUAGUACGGAAUAAAUACACCAUUUUGCAAGGAACUAUAUCAAUAACACUGUGCUACUCAACCCCAGAUGGACUCACACUCCGGACAAGAUGGUGAAA